GUAAACAAAUCAAGGAAAAAUAUUAUCCCCUAUUCAUAUUAAUGUCAGAGUUUAUUCAAAGUGAGACUCUUCAAAAAGGCCUCCGAAUUACAAUUUCGGCCAUUAAGGUAGCUUGGGGGUGGACUCGUGAUCGCCUUUGGCCGAUGUACACUGCAGCCGUCGUUAUUUCCAUGUUUAACAUGAUAGCAAUUUCAUCAGAAAAGCAAAUCGUCGCCGAUCACUUCUUUGGCAGGGGAGGUAGCGGCUUCGAGGAGCAAAAGAGCAAUCUUGUGGAGGAGGGAAAGAAAUAUUUUAACGAGGAGGUGUCUUUAGCAGUGAAGGAAAAGGUCUGGCAGAUGCCGUCAGAAGUGUUCAAGCGGCAAUACGCAAGCACCAUGUAGUGGACUUUGGGAUCAAGGUAUAAAACACUCUCUAAGAAUACGACGAUAAAUCUAUCAAUAAAAUAAAAGAUGAAAACGAAGCACUUAGUUCGAUUUUCUUUUAUUGGUUUCUUAAACUUUUAGAAGCACCAAUACAAUAACUAAACGAAAAAUAAAAAGUAUCUAUUCCAUUUGUGAAUGAAUGUGUGACAUUUUGUCAGUAUUAAUCACCAAUAUUGAUCUGUUGAGAAGAAAUAAGGGGAUAGAUCAGGCCUUAUAUAAAAAAAAAAUAGCUAAAUCUAUUGAUAUUAAUUUUGUUGUUGUUGGUGAUUUUAGAGUAAACAGUGGAUGGUAACCUCUUCUAAGUGUUUUUAUCCGGCUCAUUUCACUGGGAAAACCAUGGAUGAGCGCGGAAUCUGACGAUAUGAUAUUUUGUUGAAGAAAGCAACGAUUAAACACUUUGACUUGGUUGUUAGCGCUUUUUCCAUCAUGGUCUAGUGAUCUUGAUUGAUAACUGAAAAAA